GCGGCGGGGCCUGUCGCCUUCGCCGUCUCUCUGCAACCGGAGGCUCCUUAGCUGCCGUCCGGGGGGGGAGCAGAGCAAUGAGCGAGCGAGGCCGCCCGCCCAGAGUCAGUUUAUGAGCAGCGCCCAAGUCGCGCCGUUCCGACCCCCAGCCUCGUCGCCGCAAGAGGCGGUUGCGGCCGCACCUCCGAGAGACGCAACGGAGCCGGGGGGCAUGCCUCUCUUCCGACGGGGGGGCCGAGGCUGCCCCGUCCCCCUGGAGGGGGUCUGCCUCUGCUGGCUCCUGUCGCUGGCCCUGGGCAAGACGGUGAAGUACAGCACCUACGAGGAGGCGCCCCCGGGCACGGUGAUCGGCACCCUGGCCGAAGAGCUGCCGGCGGGCGCGGAGGGGGGGCCGAGCAGCUACCGCCCGGUGGAGCCGCAGCAGCUGCAGCCGCCGCGGGAGCGGGAGCGGGAGGCGGAGGAGGGGGAGCCGCGGGAGGCGGAGGAGGGGGAGCCGCAGGAGGGGGAGCCGGGGGCGGAGCGGCGCGGUGCGAACGGGUCCCUGGUGCGCGUGAGAGAGGAGGACGGGCAGCUGACGGUCGGGGAGGGCGGCAUCGACCGGGAGCGCCUGUGCGGGCCGGCCCCGCGCUGCACCCUGGCCUUCGACGUGGUCCGGCUGGGCGGGGGCCCGGCGCGCCUGCUGCACGUGGAGCUGGAGGUGCGGGACAUCAACGACCACCCGCCCCGCUUCCCGCGGGCGCCGCCGGCGGUGGAGGUGUCGGAGGGCGCGGCGGUGGGCACCCGCGUCCCGCUGGAGGCGCAGGCGGUGGACGAGGACGUGGGCGCCAACGGGCUGCAGGCCUUCCGCCUGGCGGAGCCCCGCGGGCCCUUCGCCGUGGAGCUGCAGACGCGGGCGGACGGCGCCAAGCGCGCCGACCUGGUGCUGCUGCGGGAGCUGGACCGGGAGCGCCAGGCCGCCUACAGCCUGCGGCUGGUGGCCCUGGACGGGGGCAGCCCCCCGCGCUCCGCCACGGCCGCGCUCAGCGUCCGCGUGCUGGACGCCAACGACCACAGCCCGGCCUUCGCGCGGGCCGCCGUCACGGUGGAGCUGGCGGAGGACGCGCCGGUCGGCUCCCUGCUGCUCGACCUGGACGCGGCCGACCCGGACGAGGGCCCCAACGGCGACGUGGAGUUCGGCUUCGGCGGCCGCACCCCGGCCGAGGCGCGGCGGCUCUUCCGCCUGGACCCGCGCUCCGGUCGCCUCACGCUGGCCGGGCCCGUCGACUACGAGCGCAGGGACACCUACGAGCUGGACGUGCGCGCGCAGGACCGCGGGCCCGCCCCGCGCGCCGCCACCUGCCGGGUGGUCGUGCGCGUGCGCGACGUCAACGACCACGCGCCCCGCAUCGCCGUCACCCCGCUGGCCCGGGCCGCCGAGGGCGAGGAGGACGCCGACGGGGGCGAGGAGGACGCCGAGGAGGGCGGGGGCGAGGAGGACGCCGAGGAGGGCGGGGGCGAGGCGGACGCCGCCGAGGCCGCGCUGGUGCCCGAGGGCGCGGCGCGCGACCGCCUGGUGGCGCUGGUCAGCACCUCGGACGGGGACGCGGGCGCCAACGGCCAGGUGCGCUGCGCCCUCCAGGGCCGCGGGCACGAGCACUUCCGCCUGCAGCCCGCCCACGCCGGCGGCUACCUGCUCGUCACCGCCGCGCCGCUCGACCGCGAGCGCGUGGCCCGCUACCACCUGACGCUGGUGGCCGAGGACCGCGGCGCGCCCCCGCGGCGCACGCGGCGCCCCUACACGGUGCGCGUGGCCGACGAGAACGACAACGCGCCGCUCUUCGCCCGCCCCGUCUACGCCGUGGCCGUGCGCGAGAACAACGCGCCCGGCGCCCACCUGGCCACCGUGGCCGCCCGCGACCCCGACCUCGGCCGCAACGGCCGCGUCACCUACCGCCUGCUCGACGCCGACGGCGCCGCGGCCCCCUACGUCUCCGUCGACCCGGCCAGCGGGGCCCUGUACGCCCUGAGGAGCUUCGACUACGAGGCGCUGCGCCGCCUCGACCUGCGCGUCCAGGCCAGCGACGGCGGCAGCCCGAGCCUGUCCAGCAGCGCCCUGGUAAGGGUGCAGGUGCUCGACCAGAACGACCACGCGCCCGUCCUCGUGGCCCCGCCGCCGACGGACAACGGCUCCCUGGAGGUGGCGGUCCCCGCGCGCGCGCCCCGGGGCGCGGCGGUGGCGCGCCUGGAGGCCCGCGACGCGGACGAAGGCGCCAACGGCGAGCUGGCCUUCGCCCUGCUGCGGCAGGAGCCCCGGGAGGCCUUCGCCAUCGACCGCCGCACGGGGCAGAUCGCGCUGGCCGAGGACCUGUCGCGGGAGCCGCCGGGCCGCGUCUUCCGGGCGCUGCUGGCCGUGUCGGACGCCGGGCGCCCGCCGCUGUCCACCACGGCCGCCGUCCGCUUCGUGGUGACGGCGGAGGGCGGCGGCGAGGGCCUCGGCACGGUGCUCCCGGCCCCCGAGCGCCCGCCGCCCCGGGAGGGCGCGGCCGGGCCGGGGCCGCUGCAGUGGGACACGCCGCUCAUCGUCAUCGUCGUGCUGGCCGGCAGCUGCACGCUGCUCCUCGCCGCCAUCGUCGCCAUCGCCGCCACCUGCCACCGCCGCAAGAAGGAAGGGCGCAAAGGCGCUGGGGGCGGCGGCCCCCGCCCGGACGAGCGGCCCGGCGGACAAGGCGGCGGCGGCGGCGGCGGACAAGGCGGCGGCUCCCCCUCCUCGGCGGCCUCCACGCCCCCGGGCCGGCCGGGCGCCAGGCGGCCGGCCCCCGGGGCCUCCGGCUUCGACGUCCCGGGUUUCGCCGGCGGCCUCGCGACCGAGAGCGCCCCGCCCGCCCCGGCCGGGGGCCCCGCGUCCGAGGGCGGCGGCGGCGGCGGCGGCGACCACCGCCCCCGGCCUCCCGCUCUGCAGUCGGACGGGCCGAAGCGGCUCCGGGGAGCGCGCGCCGAGCCCUACGCUUCGGCCCCCGGGUUCGGGAAGGAGCCGGGACCCCCCGUGGCCAUCUGGAAGGGUCACUCGUUCAACGCCAUCUCGGGGCGGGAGGCGGACAAGUUCAGCGGCAAAGACAGUGGCAAGGGGGACAGCGAUUUCAACGACAGCGACUCCGACAUCAGCGGGGACGCCUUGAAAAAGGAUCUCAUCCAUCACAUGCAAAGUGGAUUAUGGGCCUGUACGGCCGAGUGUAGGAUCCUGGGCCAUUCCGACCGCUGUUGGAGCCCCUCCUGUGGCCGAACCAACCCUCACCCUCCUCCCCACCCUUCAGCUCAGUUGUCCACCUUCUGUAAGAGCACCUCCUUGCCCCGCGAUCCCCUUCGCCGGGACAACUUCUACCAAGCUCAACUGCCCAAGACGGUCGGGCUGCAGAGCGUCUACGAGAAAGUGUUGCACAGAGAUUACGACAGGACAAUCACACUGCUCUCCCCUCCUCGGGCCGGCCGGCUCCCAGAUCUGCAGGAGAUUGGGGUGCCCGUCUACCAACCUCCUCCAGUUAGGUAUCUGUCCCCUCAGACUGGGUCCAACGGAAACAUGUAACCCCCCCUCCGUUACCACCCCCUGCAUGCACACAUACCCAUCCAGGGCCUCUCCAAGAGCCCAUAAGUUAUUGACCAGUUUCAGUGUUGUAUAAUUAAAUAUGCAAGAUGUGCCUUAAAAUGAAGUUGUUGGAAAGUAUUUCCAAUCACAGUACUGUUUGGUAUUUGCAAACAAAAAUGUUUGUAGUAAAUGUAAUUUUUAUGAAAUGUGCAGUAUUUAUUUUCUUUUUAAAACCAGGCUGUUGAUUUGAGUUCACCUGCGGCUUGCCAUUUUCUUAGUGUUUUUAACCUGUACAUGUGUAAUUAAAUGUUUGUAUAUAUUAAAUUUUGUUAUAUUUUUAUAUAAUAAAGCGAAAAGCUAAAGUUCAUGCCAAAGGAACGUCGGUAAGACCCAAAACCUGACUACAUUAAAAUCACUUAAAGGAAAUGAAUUCUUCACCGUGAACAACCUAGUAUGAGAACUUUGCCUUGCCAAGUGUGAUUUGUACCAAGUCUGUGAUAGAUUUCAAUUUAAAUGUUAUUUAAUUAUAUCUAGUUUUCUGUAGACCGUGUCACUUAUGAAUUCACUAAUAAAGAAACUGUGUUGUGUUCAAGGA